AGUGCAAUCCAAUGUAAAUAGGUUGUCGAGACUAGAACACACGAAUACCGCUUUUCGUCAAAUACAUAUUUGUUAUAGGGGUCAUCUAUAAGUCGCAGAAAAGAGAUCACUAGUUUGUAAACAUUUGCCAACUGAGAACAAGAGAAAUUGGAUGUCGAUGUUGUUGGAUGACAGUCCAUAUGCAGGAUGACUUCCAGUGGCUGAAUUUGAAACCAUCUCAUUUUCACUCCUCUUUUGUCCAGUUGAUCAACAUGCCGACAUGCGUGGAGUGUGGAGCAUCGGUUCAGCAUUUAUAUACGCAAUACAGCAAAGACAAUAUCCGGCUUACCUCUUGUGAACGUUGCCACAAGUUCGCAGACAAAUACAUUGAGCAUGACCUAGUCAUCAUCUUCAUUGAUCUGUUGCUUCACAAAUCCCAAGUGUAUCGGCAUUUACUUUUUAAUAGGAUUUUUGAAAAAGGCAACGGUAUUGAGCCUCAUGUGAGCCGAUUUGCGAUAUUGCUGAUUUUGUUCGAAGUGUACAUCAAAUGGGUUCGAUUGGAGCAAUAUUAUACCGAUCAAGAUUCUUUAUUUAUCCAGCAAUCACUCUACUACCAAUACCUGUAUAUACUAACGCUUUGCAUUCUUGGUACGUUGAAGAGCCGCAACAGACCUGGCCAUCCCAUACUGAUGAAAAAUCCACGCGUAGAAUUCAUCCUAUUUCACUGUGUGGUUUGUCUAACUAUUCGUUGCUGUUUAAGGCAUCGUGAUAACAUAAGGUACAACUACGUGUCCAUGGCAUUGAUUAUCUCCAGCUUUGGCAAGAUGCUUUUGAUCUUGAUGGUGAUCUGGGAUUACAAACAACUGGAAUAUUCGUGGCUUGUCAGUAUCAUUGUCUUGGCGUCGAAUGUCGAAGCUCUUUCAGUUUAUCUCAAUUUGUCGUAUAUACGAACACUGAUGAUCCUCGUUGUGGGUACCGCGGGUCGGUUAUUAGCGCAGAUCAUUUUCCUCUCGACGACGUAUAUCGAUGCCGGGAUCGGUAGCUCCACUUAUGCAAAAUCGACCUGGCUCAGUUUAUGAAAAAUGCUGGUUUAAAUUUAUUCAGAGUCUUUCUGAAUUUUUUUUUUUUAUCUACAUGUCAGAUACCACUGACGAGUUGAUCUAUUUGGCCAUUCUUUCUUGGUAGCGCACCCAGCCAUAGUAACCCGAGCCGAACAAAGCCAACAAAAUACCAAGAGCAUUCUACAAAGGAAAAAAGAAAAAGUGUGGUGUAAGAUGCUAGUUGCCCCGUACCAAGUUGAUUUUUUCCAUAUAUUUACCAGGCCCGAUACAGGAUUCUUGAAGA